AUGGCUAGUGCAACAGCCAGCCUAGCUGCUGUCAAAGGGGAACCUUCAGGGGAGAUGACAAAGGCAACUGCAAUCCUAGUGGACGUCGAAGAUGAGCCUUCAGGGGAGAUGGCUUAUGACAAGCACAGUGCUGUAUCCUGUGCAGAUGAAAAACAUGGCGCUACAUCAAUAGUUCAGGCUCAAGGAGGAGAAUCGGGUCAAGGAGGUGUUGAUAAUGGCACUUCUUCAAACCUUGGAGACGAAAGAACUGGGCAUAGCUUUACUAUCCCCCAGCUUGACUGCGGGGGAAAUGAAAUGUCACCCCGCCAUAAUGAAAAGGCAGCCAGUGGCUCGCCUGCCUCUGACAAUCUGAUAGUUCUGAACUCCUACACAGUGAGCUAUCGCUGGUCCCCCAUGCUGAAAUACUGCAAGCCUAAAGAACUGGGCCAUGGACCUAUAUUAUUGUGCUAA